ACUCUAGGGCGCUUGCUUGCUUGAAUUCAUAGGGCAUUAAAUGGGAGCAUAUCUACCAUCCUUUACCUUCCCUUGCCAUGCAUUGAUGGCAAAAUUGAAUGAGGUGACAGAAAUUGCACGAGAGAUCUACCAAUGGAGUUUUGAUGGUGAUGUAAGAAAGAUAGGCAAAUGGGGGACUAGGAGAAGAAGAUGAUGACGAUGGG